UCUCCCUGUCUACACUUAAAAGUGCAUUUAGGUUCUUAGAUCAUUUUUACACAUCUCCUAAAAUGGGUAGUAGCAAAAUUGUAUUUCUUUUUCUGGCACAGACUGUACUAGGUAAUCUUUUAGAUGACUAUAUGAAAACUGAAGGAGCUUGGAUGGUCAGUGAAAAAAGAUCCUUAUACACAUCAACAAGUGAGUUGGAAUGUGCAGAGAAAUGUGAAACUGAAACAAAAUUUACUUGCAGGUCAUUUGUGUAUAACACAAAAAAUCAAAUCUGUUUUACAAUGUUUGAUAACCAAAGAUCUUCAGCACUACACAGAAGAAAUGGCGUGGCUCUAUAUGAAAAAAGAAUAUACUUGAAAGAAUGCAUAACAGGAAAGGGCAAAGAUUAUAGAGGAACAGAGUCCAAAACUCAUUCCGGGAAAACAUGUCAGAACUGGACAGGAUCCUUUCCACAUGUACCAAAUUUUACUCCUGAAAAGUUCCCUAAUGCUGGCCUAGAGGGAAAUUUUUGUAGAAAUCCAGAUAAUGACCUCAAUGGACCUUGGUGUUAUACUACAGAUUUCAGUGUUAGAUUUGAAUAUUGCAACAUUCCACAAUGUGAAGAAGACUGCAUGCAUUGUAGUGGAGAAAAUUACAGAGGUCGGAUUUCAAAGACGGCUUCAGGCACUGAAUGUCAAAACUGGGAUUCUCAGACACCUCAUUCUCAUGGCUACAGUCCAUCAAACAUUCCAGAUAAAAAUCUUGAAAGAAAUUAUUGCCGGAAUCCAGAUGGAGAACCAAGGCCAUGGUGUUUUACAACAAACCCAAAUAAACGGUGGGAGCAUUGUAACAUCCCACGUUGCACAACAAAUCCACCAACAUCUGCUCCAGGGGUGCAAUGUUUGUCUGGGAAAGGCGAGAACUAUAGUGGAAAUAUUGCUGUGACUGCAUCAGGAAAAACAUGUCAAGAAUGGAGUUUGCAGGUGCCUCACAAACACAUUAGAACCCCAGACAACUAUCCAUGCAAAAAUUUAGAAAAGAACUAUUGCAGGAAUCCAGAUGGUGAGUCCAUGCCUUGGUGUUAUACUACUGAUAGUGAAACAAGAUGGGAAUACUGUAAUAUACCAAGUUGCGAUGCACCAACAGUCAAUGCUGCUCCUACAAAUCCUUCAACAAUUUUGGAAUGCUAUGAUGGAAAUGGCAGCAAAUAUCGUGGUACUGCAUACAUAACUGUCUCAGGAAAAAAAUGCCAACCCUGGAAUUCCCAGACACCUCACAAACACACAAAAAUGCCUGAUAAUUUCCCAAAUGCAGGUUUGGAACAAAAUUACUGCAGGAAUCCAGAUGAGGAUAAAGGCCCAUGGUGUUAUACCACAGAUGCCAGUGUAAGAUGGGAAUAUUGCAGUCUGAAAAAAUGCUCUGAAUUACCAUCCACAGAACAAAGGCCAGUCCAGACAACAAAGAUUACUACAAUCACCACUAGCCCAGAUUGUAUUGUAAGCAAAGGUGAAGAUUAUCGUGGCAUAAAGUCAACCACACUUAAUGGACAUAUAUGCCAAGCAUGGAGUUCCCAAUCACCACAAGAACAUGCAAGUUUUACUCCAAUUACUCAUCCACAAUCUGGAUUAGAAAGCAAUUACUGCAGAAAUCCUGAUGGAGAUAUUAACGGACCAUGGUGCUUUGUAACGACUCCUGGUACAGUUAAGUGGGAAUACUGUGACAUCCCUCGCUGUGCGACAACUGGGAUUGAAUGUGGAAAACCAAAGAAAAAGCAAAGGAAGUGCUUUGGGAGAAUUGUUGGUGGAUGUGAAGCCAUUCCAUUUUCUUGGCCAUGGCAAAUAAGUCUUCGUACAAGUUUUAAUCUGCAUUUCUGUGGUGGAACCUUGAUAGAUCGCCAGUGGGUUAUAACAGCAGCACACUGCUUGGAACGAUCAAAUAGACCAUCUGCGUACAGAGUACAUUUUGGAAUCCAUAAGGAAAGUGGCAAUGAGGCAUCUAAGCAAGUGAGACAAAUUGAGAAAUUUUUCAAGGAGCCUUCAAAUGCAGAUAUUGCUUUGUUGAAACUAACAAGUCCAGCGUUGAUAUCAGAUGAAGUUCUUCCAGUUUGUUUACCACCGGUUAACUAUGUUGUACCCGACAGAUCAGAAUGUUAUGUAACUGGAUGGGGUGAAACACAAGGUACUGGGAAAGAAGGUGUCCUGAAAGAGGCUGGCAUUCCAGUGAUUGAAAACAAGCUAUGCAACAGUCCUGAAUAUCUUAAUGGUAGAGUUACAGAUCGAGAGCUCUGUGCUGGUGUUAUUCAAGGUGGUGUUGAUAGCUGUCAGGGUGACAGUGGAGGACCCCUUUCUUGCUUUGACGGAGAAAAAUAUGUUCUUCAAGGAGUUACAUCCUGGGGUUUAGGAUGUGCUCAACCUAUGAAACCAGGAGUGUAUGUACGUGUCUCUAAAUUUAUUCCAUGGAUUCAAAAGACAAUGAAUCAAAAUUAAUAAAUAAAAUACCUUACUGAUAAAUAUGUAACAAUUAAAAAUAAAAAAUGCUUAAUGUAA